CAAUCUACGCGUCGUUUCAAACAUUUUGUUGUGAUAAUAAUAAGCAAUUCAAUUACGAUGAUUAAUUUAUAUCUCUGUUCGAUUCUCAAGUGCAUCUUGACGAUGCGCCUGUCGUUUCAAAUGCCUUCACGUUUCUUAGCAAACUCUCAUCUAAAUAUUAGUUCGAGGAUUAAUUAAACAACGGUUAAAAAAAUAUCAACGAAUAAUCCUCAAUCUCAAAAAAUAGUCUAAGCAAUUGCGACGCUCAAUUUCACAUGCUUGCUCCGUUUGAUGCAUUCCAUUCAAAGAUCGCUAAAGUAUAUAAGUGAGGUUGAUAGUUUGACACACGUGUGUGGCAUCCAAGCGCAAGAUGACAGCGAACGUAUCUAUUUAAUAUGCUAAACACGAUUCCAUUCCUCCAAAUAUCUUCUUUCAUAGGCGUACGCAGAUGUGCCUUCAACACGGAUCAAUGGUUCGUACUUAAAGUGAAACGUCAAAUGUGAAAUUUUUACGAGAAAGAUAAAAAGUGAUCGCAAUCACUUUUAAAUUUAAUAUUUGAAAAUUUAUAUUUAUAAAUCGAUACUUUGAAAAAAUUGUCGCUGAUAGUAAUUAAAAGUUCAACGCGUUCUAUACGAAUGCAAACGUAGAUAUUCGUGCGAACUGGAUAAGGGAUGAGACCUCUCCGUGCGAUACGGUCGCCUUUGUCCGCCCACAACACUGCAUCAUGUGUGUAUACACAUGCGGUUAUCGAUCCACACUAGUAGGGUCAAUAAGAAGUCAUCAGUUUCAUUAGCACGUUAUGCAGAACAUAGCUCGUAUAACGUGUCUAAUAUUAGCAGCAAUCAACGCCAAUAAAGAAGAAAAUAACCCCACCACGAGUACACGCGACCCUUUAUCUUACACGUGACGAUUUUCUUCGUGAACAUAUAAAGGUACCUUAAUCUUGAAUGGGAGCGACAUAUCGCGCGCGAACGUUAUUCGGCGUACUAAAUCCGAAUGUACUCGCGCGGUUUUGCGCGACGCUUUAAUUUGCUAAAGCUAUCGUAAAACUAUAAUGUCCAGCCGUCUAUAAAGGCCAGCGAAACGACGUUAAUUUUUUCUAACGUUUUUUUACGACGAUGCUAUUGUUCGUUUUCACUUAAAAGCGCGCGCUAUAUCACGUUUCUUUGGAUAAACAGCAACCACUGAUUAGCUUGUGCGUCGUAGUCGCAGAAUUCGAAGAAAAAACGUACCUGAAAACAGAGUACAUCGAUUCCACCAAGUCUGACAAAAAAUAUUCCUGUUUUUUUCCACUGUUUACACGUAUGUACGUGGACACACUGAGAAAAAAUGUUUGUUGGAUCAACCAUGUUUUCUUCUUAGUACGAUGUGUGAGACUGAGACGCAGAAGAUCCUGCAAGACGAGCAGUGCUUCGAGAUCAUACGCAAGAAACUGCAACAAGACGCGAUGGACGCUUUCUCGUUGGUCGAUUACGAAAUCGUGCCGAGAAGUGAGGUGAACGGUUUCUUGGGUCAGUAUUUUACGCUGAAAGUCACUGUAGCUUGUCCAAAGUCACCGUUGGAGACAAAGAACAUCAACUUCUUUACGAAAAUACCGCCGUCGAUCAAUACUCCGUUGUAUAACUUUCUUCAAACAUACGGCACGUUCAAAAAGGAGGUGGCCCUCUACACCACUGUAUUUCCGAAAAUGUUAGAUGGCCUCGACAAGCGAUGCAUCCCGGAAUGCUUCCUCGGGAUCGAGAACGACGUGAUUGUCCUCGAGGAUAUGGCUUAUAGCGGCUACACAAUGACCGACAAGUCCACUCCCUUUGACUUUGAACACUGCGUAAUACUCAUGAAGACACUCGCCAAGUUCCACGCCAAGUCCUUCAUCUUUGAACGGCAGUACAAAAAGACCCUACACGACAAAUUCUCGCAUUGCAUGCACGAGACUCUCUGGCCGCGCGCUGAUGGCAAAGCGAAGGCGAUGAUCGACGCAGGUGUGAAGGGUAUCUUUUCGAUAAUCGAUCUGUUACCUGGGCUGAGUAAUAAUCAAUGUGCUAACCUCAAAGAGAGGGUUGUAAAGCUAUGUGCGGAUCACACGGACAAACUGUCGCCAUCGACGAAGCAUAAGAACGUGUUAUGCCACGGUGAUCUGUGGGCAAACAACAUACUGUUCAAGUAUGGUGACGAUGGACGACCCAUCGAGUGCUGCUUCAUCGAUUUUCAAUUUGCGAGAUACAAUCCGCCUGCACACGACAUACUGUGCUUCCUUCAAUUCACGACGAUACGGAAAUUACGAGACGAGCACAGCGAGACGCUUUUCAAAAUCUAUUAUGAUUCUAUGGCGAGUAUCUUAAAAGAAGCCGGUCUAAACAUAUCCGAAGCCUUCCCUUGGGAGGACUUCGUCGAGUCUAUUCAAGAUCUAUACAUGAUAUGCGUGAUUCACGGUAUCUUGAACAUACCUAUUAUGUUGCUGAAAUCUAACGCGGCCAAUAAGUAUUUUUUCCAGGAAGUGGAACGCCUUGAGAGCAUUUUGUAUGUUGACAGAACACCGCUCAUUUUGGAUCAAUUCAAAGAGGUUGCGGAGUAUCGUGCACGAAUAAUAGACAGCAUGCUAGAGUUGCACGAUCGCAUAGCUGGUUAAAAUUGUCGCGCUCAUUGUGAGUCGUAUCCUCGUGAACGUAAAGUUCAUGGAGAAAAUACAAAAUAUAUGCAAUUCAGGGACAAUUGAUAAAUUUUUUCAAUAUAUUUAUUAUACAAAUGUGUGUAAAUCAUAUCUUGGCAUCAAUAUGCUACUUUCAGUGAAAAAAAAAAUUAUAAAACUUAAGCGAAGCACAAAGAAGCGCAAUUUUAGAUUGUAGGAUAAAUAUAAAAUAAUUUGUUUAGUACAAUCUUCACACGCAAAGUUUCUUAUUGCUAUAUAUUAAAGAAAGAUAACCUUGGCUUAUGCUUAUACUUUAAAAAAUUAUUAAUCGAUGGAAGAAUAUAUGUAGGAAAAAAAGUGAGAGUUACAAACGUGUGAAGAAUAAUAUACAAAGAUAUAUUUAUAAUAUGGAUUUGACUAUAAAGAACAAUUAAGUGAAAUCUAACUAACGAUCCAGUCUAAUAACACAAUAACGUUUAAAGUAACAAGUUACUUAUAAGCUUAUGAUUGUGUUAUAACAACGCACGACUCUUAUUCUUGCACGCGUAAGAUUAUUAGUUCCACACGUAAUGAUAACUUUACGAUCUUUGCGAUCUAACCUAAUAUUUUCUAAAAUAUAUUCUAUUUUGACGAUGAGAAAUAUCUACCUCCAAUUAGGGGAAGUUUUACUAAUCAGCAAAUAACUAAAUCUUUAAGUAUAUCUCCUUAAAUGCCAGACGAGACAAGCUAGAUUGCACGUGAUAUUAUCAAUAUCACAUCAGUAUGUGAUAUUUUCUAAGGUAUAGUUGUACGCAAACUGUUAAGAACUGUGGUAGUUUGUUGUUAAUAUAUCGUUGUUUCCCGUUGACGCAAUAAAAAUUAUUUACACGAAA